UUGAAUAAAUGUGUCGAAAAAUGAAAGACAAAUCCAGUCUUUGCACAUGGGAACUAGAAGGUCGUCCAUUUGGUACUAAAAAAGAAUCGAUCAGGUCACAGGGAGUUAGAGCCUGUCUUAGCUGACUUCGGGCAAAAGGUGGACUACACCUUGGAUCGGUCUCCAGACAAUCAUGGGCAUAUCUAGAGACAGGCAACCAUUCACACCGCCACCGAGUGCGAAUGCAACCCAUGCUGCCUGCAACUGAAGGCAGCGAGACACCUUGUGAACACGAGCAUGAAAGCUGAACUUCACAGGCCCCUCUCUCUGCCUCCUCCCUCAAGGAGACGUACAGACGGACGCCACUUGGGAGCAAAAAAAAAAGUGUCCCCGUGUCUUUACCCAUUUCUCCCCCCGCGUUUGUCGACUUUUUCUUUUUCUAAUCACACCAUUGGAUGCUUCAGCUGCCAGUUUGUUGCUCUCUACCACCUGCACUGCAUCGUAAGGCUGCCGGAGCAUCACGUUACAUUCCUACGGACUGGACCUCACCUCCGCUUGAAGUGGAGUCUUCUGACCAAGUUGCGAAGGAAACAGCAUAGAAUCAUCUUAGAUGGCGUACAGUGCAGCAGGAUGUGCAACGUGAUGCCUACGUGUGGACUACAGACCCUGCUGGCCCUCCUGCUGCUUCACACUGUUAGCCAAGGCUUAACCAAUGCUGACACUGUGGUGAACAUGAGGAAAGUUACCCACCAGACCAUUAGCGAGGAGCUGUCCAAAACGGUUUUGCUCCCCUGCCUCUUCACCUUACACCCCGGGGCUGGUUCAUCCCAUGAGCCGCCCCGGAUCAAGUGGUCAAAGGUGUGGGGCCAACGAGGCUCAGACGGCUUGCAGAAGGAGCAGUCAGUCCUGGUGGCCAAAGACAAUGUGGUGAAGGUGAAGAAGGCCUUCCAGGGCCGUGUAUCGCUGCCUGGUUACAGCGGGAACCGAUACAAUGCCAGUCUGGCCCUGACAGGGUUGCGAUCCAGCGACUCUGGUUUGUACCGCUGCGAGGUCGUGGUUGGCAUCAACGACGAGCAAGACAUGGUCCCGUUGCAGGUCACAGGUGUGGUCUAUCAUUACCGCGCUCCUCCUGACCGUUAUGCCCUGUCCUUUGCCGACGCCAAGAGGGUGUGCGUGGAGAACUCAGCGACCAUUGCAACACCCGGUCAGCUUCAAGCCACUUUUGCAGACGGCUACGAAAACUGUGAUGCGGGGUGGCUGUCGGACCAGACUGUACGGUAUCCCAUUCAGUCACCUCGGCCAGGUUGCUAUGGCGAUCGCGACGAUGCCCCUGGAGUCCGUAACUAUGGCAAUAGGUUUCCGGACGAGCUGUUUGAUGUCUACUGCUUCGCCAAGGAACUACAAGGUGAAGUGUUUCACUCCGCAGUGGCAGAGAAGUUGAACCUAGCCACAGCCUCCACCCACUGUCACUCCCUGGGAGCCCAGCUGGCCAAUGUGGGCCAGCUCUACCUCGCUUGGCAGGCCGGCCUGGACCAGUGCGACCCAGGCUGGCUGGCGGAUGGCAGUGUCCGCUAUCCCAUCAAUGUCCCGAGGAAGAACUGCGGUGGGGACGAGCCCGGGGUGCGGACGGUCUACAACAACCCCAAUAGGACAGGUUUCCCUGACACCACGGCUCUGUUUGAUGCCUACUGCUACCAAGCCCACCAACCAGCAGGCUUCCAAGAUGCAGAGGCGCUUGCUUUAAUUCAAACCACCAUCCCAGCAGCAAAGUCUGACUCCACAGUCACCGACCCCGAGCCAAGUCCCCCUUUCUCUAAGACUUCUGCUUGGGCUGGCCUGCUGGGCUUAGACAAACCACACAUCAGCAACUCCUCUGAUAUCUCCGACGAGCAUGUUGUCAUUCACUUGAGGCCUGAGCAGAAUUGGGGUGACAAAGAGGAGGGUGUCACAACGAGCCGGUCCAGUCAAGAGGAGUUUGACGACACGAAAAGCAGCAAGACACCGGUUUUGUCCAGCCUUGAAAACCUGGAGAGCCAUGGAGGUUCUGCCCACGAGGAAGAAGACAGUGCUUAUUUUGACACGUCCACCCAGACUUACACCAGUAAAAAUUUACUGACUGAGUUUGUUAACACGCUGAUAAAGCCCUUUAAAUACUGGUCUGGUGGUGAGGAAGCGGAGGACGAGGCUGGGAUGGGACCUCCAGUGCCUGGAGGUGAGCAGAUACUGGUAGAAACAUCCAGUAGAAACCAAACUUUAACCAAAGGCACUGAGAGCAAGGGCAGCAGUGACAACGCCAUUAUGGAGCACAAGAGUGCCGCCUUUGCCCCCAAGCCUCUCACCAGUGGAUUACCUAAUUCAGAGGAGGGUCUGUCUGAGCAGGAAAAGGAGGUGAUGCCACUCAUUCGAUUCGGGCCUGCAGUUCAAAACACGGGGCAAAGUGACUCCACUGCUCAGACAGCCAAGGAGGAACAAUUCCUAGACAAGUCUGCUGGUAACGGGCUCACUGCAGUGUUCCCCAAUGACAAAUCAACCUCCACAGCGCUGGUCAACUCCUCCGGGCCUCCCAGAGAAAGUCCGGCAUGGGUUGUAAAGUCAAUACAUCGCUCCAGAGUGGAUUCUUCAAAAAAUGUAGCACAUGUUGGCAGGCACCGCACUUGGGAGCCUAUGGAAGCCAAAUCGGGACCCCUUGAGGUGAUGACCCUACCUAAUUCUUUAGUACAGGAGACUGUAGACAACUAUUCUGGCGAGGGGAGCGACCAGGAUGGAGAUGAGGUACACACUCAAACAACUGUCCAGGCUGUGACGAAUCAGGAAAAGGAGAUUGAGGGGAGCAGUGAGGCUAGUUUUCCUGGUGAUAUAAAAGUCAGCUUCAGUCCAAAAACAGAGUCUUCACUAACGGUGGCUGAACAUACCACGUCAUCCCAGUGGCAGCUCGUGGUGCAACCAACCACUUCACCUCAAAAGCCAGAAACCGCAGAAGAGGCCAGGGGAGAGAUCCUCUAUGUCCAAAGGCCCAAUGACAUUCUCUCAUCUGCUUCUUCCUCACGAAGAGGAGAAAGUGAGUCGAGUGGUGGAUUCACUCCUGUUGUUAGGAAGAACAGAAAAGGCACUAGUAAAAAGUCCGGCCGCGGUGAAGCCAAGGUGGUUACUUCCACACCCGAGGCCUUGAUGGAUGUGCUGACAACCACUGAGAUUACCACAGUGGGACUUGUAACCACCGAGGACACUCCACAGACCAAUCCUGCCACUACAGAAGCCACUAGUAGAUCAGAGGAACCAUCCAUUUCCAUCUUAUGGAUGGAGAAGACGACAAGCAACGUGGGGGCCAGCUUCUCCACUGAAUCAUCACCAACAGCAACCGUUCAGCUGACAUCCAUGGCGUCAGAGUCCAAGGAUACUGUGACGGAAAUGGAAUCUAGAUUGGCAGUUUCUGAAUCUUUUGUGUUUGGAAGUCAGUGGACACCUUCCCUCGGCUUGAGUCCAAAGUCUGAGGAACACAAGACUCCAGUGCUGACGGACAGCAAAAGACCAAGCAACCCUUUCGGUAUUCUUGUCUCCAACUGGGCUUUUGGGCUCAUCCCAUCAGUGGAGAAUAACCCGUGCCAGACCAACCCGUGUCUCCAUGGAGGGACCUGCCUGCAUGAGGGCGACGGCUAUAGCUGCUACUGCCCACAGGGCUUCUCUGGGGAGAGCUGCGAAAUCGACAUCGACGACUGCCACUCGAACCCGUGCCAGAACGGAGGAACCUGCAUUGAUGAGAUCAACUCCUUUGUGUGUCUGUGUCUCCCCAGCUACAGCGGCGCCACAUGUGAGAAAGACACCCAAGGCUGUGAUCACGCAUGGAGGAAGUUCCAUGGCCACUGCUACAGGUACUUCAGUCGCCGACACACCUGGGAGGAUGCUGAGAAGGUCUGCAGGGAGCACAGCGGCCACCUGGCAAGCAUUCACAGCUCGGCCGAGCAGAACUUCAUCAGAGGUAUAAGUCACGACAACACCUGGAUUGGCUUGAAUGAUCGCACAGUGGAGGAUGACUUUCAGUGGACGGACAAGAUGGACCUGCAAUACGAGAACUGGCGCACGAACCAGCCCGACAACUUCUUUGCGGGAGGAGAAGACUGCGUGGUCAUGAUCUCUCACGAGAACGGCAAAUGGAACGACGUGCCGUGCAACUACAACCUGCCCUACGUGUGCAAAAAAGGCACAGUGCUGUGCGGCGCCCCCCCUCAGGUGGACAACGCCUUCCUGAUCGGUCGCAAGCGUUCCCACUACGACAUCCACUCCACAGUGCGCUACCAGUGUGCCGACGGCUUCCAGCAGCGCCACGUACCCACGGCCAAGUGUCGCGCUAACGGCAAGUGGGACAGGCCGAAAAUCAUCUGCACAAAGUCUCGACGGGCCCACCGGUACCGGCGCCACCACCACCACCGCAACCAACACCAGCACAAAGGCAGACGGGAACGCAGGAAGCACAAGCGGCACGGCCACCGGGACGGAGGGCACCACGGCAGGGAGCAGGACCACAACCAAGGCCACGUCUGAACCAAAAGAAGAUCUCCUCAACCUUCCUCCUAUGCCUGUUUUCCUAUUUAUUACUCCCCCCACCUUCUCUUAUACAGUACAUGUCCUGUCCUAGCUUUGGCUCCACCCCCUCUAUCAUAGUGAAUUCAGAGGUCUGCCAAACUGCUGUCGGGUCUCACCGGGACAAUAGCAAUCCCUUUGUAUCUCUUUUACUUUCAAUUUGCCCCAUUUUCUUGUCUUGUGCGUCUUUACCCACUUCCUGAAGGAAAAUGACUCAUUUAGUUUUCAAAGGCUUCUGCAUUUGUUUCUUGGCUUUGGUGGAGAAGGUUCUAGUUUUAUAGUUUAGUGUUGUCUUGUCUUGUGUACAGACUUUUACUUGAGGGACACAGCUCAUUCGGGUCCAUCGUAUGGCCAUCAUUCAGAACUGGCUUUGUUUCCAUGGACAGCAGCGUUGACAUGCAACUCAUUUUGUCAUCACCUCAACCUGUAAUAAGCUCACACUGGAAGGAGGUAAUAACCAGAUUAAGACAUGAGCACAAUUCUGAUUGAAAAUGUGUCCGAAAGUCAAGCGUUCCGGCAGAAUUGUGGAUGGCUUGAGAAGGUGCCCUGUUGUGUUGAAAGCAAUUGUCGCUGUCCGUCAAGCUGUCACGCCAGAUAUCAGCCGACCGUGUCGUAAAGUCGUAAUAUUAUUUGAUCUUUUUCUUCCUGAUACAACACAGAAAAAGUCACAUUCUCUAAAGUUGUAAUCUAAUCAGAAUGAAGUCGUAAUGGUGCGGGAGAAAACGUUAUAUUUUAUCCACCAAAAAUAAUGAUCAAAUCGUUCAAAAAAAAAACUUGUGGUAAUAUUUGAAUUAUUUCUAACAAAAUAAUGCAAUUUUUGUAGCCAUAUUACUACUUCAUUUUCAUAAAUAUAUAACUUUUUUCUUGUAACGUUGCAACUUUAUUCUGAUGAACUGCUAUUUUUCUUCACAAAACAGCUUGUAAUAUUACAGAUUUACUGUCAUAAUAUUAUGACUUAUUUCUAGCAAAAUUGAUAGUUUGUUUGCGUAAUAUUGCGUUUUUUGUCUUACACUUAUCCUCAACUUUAUUCUCAUUAAAUUAUUUUUUUUCCACACAACGUUCCAACUGAAAAAUACAUUUUUAUUAUUAUUAUUAUUAUUAUUACUUAUUUUCUUAGAAUAUUAGGACUUUAUUCUCAUAAAACAUUUUUUUUUACAACACACACAUCAUAACAUGAAGAAUUAUUUCUUGUUAUGUCAUGACAUCGUUUUCAUGAAUUGCAUUUUUUCCCCUCACAAAAUUAACCUAAGAUCAUAAAAAGUGUCUUGUAAUGUUACAAUUUUAUUCUUUUAAAAUUUUGUGUGGUUUUUUUUUCCAAUUUCUUUCUCUAUAGAUUUCCAGAUAUUUAAAAAAAAAAUGUCUUGUAUUAUUACAAUUUUAUUUGUGUAAUAUUAUGAGUUUAUCAACCUUAAUUUCGACUUCAUCUUUCAUCAAAUUUGGAUAUUUUUUCUUGAAAUAUGACAACUAUUAUACUAUAUUAUACUACACUAUAUUACGACUCGUAAAACGACAACUCACACGUUGUCACAGUAAGAGUUCUUUCUUGUAAUUUUGCGCCGUUACUCUCAUGAAUUGCAUUUUUUUCCCCUCACAAAAUUAACCUAACAUCAUAAAAAGUAUCUUGUAAUGUACAACUUUAUUCUUUUGAAAUGUCGUGUGUUUUUUUUUUUUAUCAAAAUUGCUACUAUAUUUUAGUAACGUUUUCGUUUCUUUAUUAUCAUAAAUGUGCGAUUUUUUUUUUCUGCCAUAGCAACAUUUUUCGUUUCAUGUUGCGUCUUUAUUGUCAUAAAUGCACGAUUUUUUUGUGACUUUAUUCUCAUAAAAUGUAGCUUGUUUUUAAUGCAAACCUGCUACUUUAUUUUCGCAACAUUCCGAGUUUUUUCUUGUCAUGUUUUUGAAAAAAAAUGAUCGUAACAUUAUUCACAUAAAAUUACCAUUUUUUUCUCUUAACGUUAUGAUUUUUUUUUUUCUCCAUAUAUGCUAACCUGUUUUAUUUUCCAUAAAUUCUCACAGGAAGAUUCUAACUCUCGACUCCUCAGACUUUUGCAACUUUAAUUGUAUCCUUUGUCUUGUGGCACAACACAACAGCCAUCCCACCUUUAUUGUGGAGAAAUUUUCUUUGCGGGGACAUUUUGGUUGAUCGUCACAAGAUGCUAGAAUGAGCUCCUUUCGCCUUUUUUACGGUGUGUGUGUGUGUGUGUGUGUCAGCAAGUAGAUAAGAAGAUGACAGAGAUAAAUGCUUCCUUAUGUGGCGUUCGCGGUUCUAAAGAAGGUAUUGAGUCAGAUAGAAGAAUCAUUGCUUUGCUCCCCUUCACUGACAGGUUAAAAUUAUGUUUUUUUCUUCUAAAUCCUCCAGUUAAUGCUGCAGCUUGUGGGAUUAUGUCCAAACCACUGACUCCAAUGUUAUCAUUUUCUACUAUUUCCCCUUCCCCUACUUCUUACUUUAAUACUGUUUUUUUAUCACUGCUCCUCACCAGGGACUCAUUUCGCCACCUUUACUGUCUUCUUUAUAUCACACGGAGGAGCACACACCACUUUAACCGUCUUUAGUCGUAAAACAGUACCCUUUAUGUUGUCCACCAGCGUGUUUCCACUAAGCGCAACAGUUCUGACUUGAUUUUUCAAUGCAGAAUAGUGUGACAUCAUAGCAACACAACAGUGUAAUGACUGUUGGUGCUUUUCCACUGCAUGGUACCUACUCUGCCCAACUUGACUGUAUUGCUAUUAGGGCGUUUUUUUGUUGGUAAAAGCCGCUACUGCUAGGUACUACUGUACUGUAUUGGGACUAUCGAAUCGAGUGAACCAAGCUGGAAACAAAAGGACCACACGUCACGAAGAAAGAACAACAAAUGUUGGAUGUCCUCCAUUGCUGUUUGCUCUUUUUAACAUUUUACUUUAAUCUUUUUGAGCAAAUGUAUGACAUACUACUUUCUGGUAAUAUUACAGCUUCAUUCCUGUGGUAUUUAUUAUUUUAUUUUUUCUCUUUUUUUCCACUUUCAACUUGUCCUUAUCAAGGGUCACCGCAGCAAGUCAAUCGCAUGAAUGGUUUUGGCUCAGUUUUCAUGCGGGAUGCUCGUCCUGAUGCAACCCUGGCAGGAAAUUAAACCCAUGCCGUCUGCCUUCUUAUAAAUUAACACUUUUCCUUUAUUCCUAACGUCCUUGUCUGUCUUCAUUGGCGGCUUCCACUGUGUGACGUUGCUAUGAUGUCACGCUAUUUACAUAGUGGAAAAACAAGUCAUAUCAGGAAUUCCUGUUCCAAAGUGUACCACAGAUAGUUGAAGUGUACUUGUAGUACUGAGAGAAGCACAUGAAUUCUCUGCCACUGUUUGCCUCCUCUCACCUUGGUGCUGACGGAGAAUAACAGCGGUCAUCCACCUCUUAUCACUUUAAUUCAUCUUGUGCAUGUCUAAUUAACAAACCGCAUUAUCUGCUGCACCAAGAGGUGGGGUCAGCUUGACAGACACACAAAGGAAUGUCCAGACAACGCACACACGUCAUCCGAAACAGCACAAGAUAUCUUUUUAGCAUGUCUUUUUUUUUUUUUUUUUUUUUAUCGGAGCAGAAAAUGCACUCAGAACUAAUGAAUGCAACGUGAAGAGCUGAUUGUGAGCUAUGGAAGAGGCGAGAUUGGAUUCAGUGACUUAUCAUUUUGCAUCUAUUGUGCCCGCACACGUAAUUAAUGGCACAUUAAGACAGAAGCCUAAAUGAAGGGAAUCAGCAGCACAAAGACAAAACAUUACAAUUACACAUAAAAGUCAUCACAGUACUAGAAUAAAGUCAUAAUAUUACAAGAGAAAAAGUUGUAUUUUCUCACAAAUAAAUGUCAUUUUUAUUUAAUAAAGUCUUAAUCUUACGAGGGGAAAAAAAUUGCAAUCUCAUACGAUUUUUCAUAUUGGGACUUUUUCUUGUAAUGUACUUUUUUUUCCAGCAAAAGUCCUACUUUUCUUCUUGUAGUAUUGAGUUUGGUGUCUAAUAAUAAUACUCAACGUUUUUUUCUGACAGAAGUAUGACUUGCAAUUGAACUGCAAAAGCCAGUUUAACAGGAAUAAAGUUGUAGAACUAUAAGAAAAAAGUAAGUCACAAUCUGAUGAAAAGUUUUAAAGUUGUAAUAUUACAAAAAAAUUAAGUCAUAAUUUUACCAACAAAGAAACCUUUUUUUUUUAAAUGAACUUCUAAUCCAAUCGACAUAUUUUAUGACAGUAAAGUCACUGGAUCCCCAAAUUGUUUGUUUGUUUUGACAUUUACAAAACAAUCAAAAAUAUGCGUUACAUGCUUUACUUUGGACAGCCACAACGAUGACAACAUAAAAGAACACACAAACAUAAAAUCAAUUUGAUACGUAGUCAAUUACUUUUGUGCUAUUACAGCUUUUUGAGUCAACGCUAACAUUCAACUUAUUUGCCUUGCUUUAGUUUCAGCUGCAUUGUUUUGCUUUCUCAUUGUGAUUACUACUGUAUCAUCAAAAUGUACACCAUUUUGGGUUGUAACGCACAGCUCUGCCUCUAGUGGCGUCUGUGUGGCAUUGCAACCCUGGAUGAAAUACUGCAAUGGCGUGAAACAGAUAUUGUGUGACUCCUUGUAUUCUUUGUAAAUACUUAGCUUUUUUUUUAAAAAACAAAAACUUUCUGGGUGUUUUUCUUCUGAGCCUUCCUCGCACAUUUUCAUUUUUCCUUUUUUGUUUAAUGGGGAGCGAAACAAUGUGGCUGUGUGAAGAUGCUCCAUGCAUAUCUAUUCAUAUUUAUUGACGUGUUUUCUUACUUAUUUGUAUGAUAUUCUUUACAUGACCUGUCAUCAUUAAAGAAAGCCCUUGU